CGUGGGCUCACCGACUGCCCCGCGGCCCUCGACCCUCGGGGCGGGAGAGCAGUAAAGGGGACCGCCCGGAAGGGGAGAGGCCGGGCUCGGGGCGGCUGAGGCCAGGCCGCCGCAUCGCCCCCGCAGGGCCUCGUGAACGCUGGGGUUGAGUGACACGAUUGGUGGAGCAGGAGACGACGGGGACAGGGGGUGUCGCUUCGCCUGAUCGGGUCCGUUUCUGAGGUCUUGUUCCGGAAUGGUGUUUUCGGGCUGGGUCUCCCCUGGAGGGCCUCAGCAGUCACACCCACCCCUCCAUCUGCAUUCCGGUCCAACCGGCUCCCCUUCCCUGGCCUCCCAGGAUCGGGUAAGCCUGGCAUUCCCUGGCCUUGACUUACAAAGCAGAUAAAUGGCCCGCCCCUGUUACCCGAAGGUUCCCUUGGAAACCUUGAUUGCUAGCUUCCCUUAGAAGACAGCCCCCUCCCCAGGUGUUCCGAGUAAAGGGGGAUGUGCCUGUGUGGCUGGUUGAGAGCCUACCCCAGUCCUCACAGCUUCGGUACCAUCAGCGACUCACUUGUGUCUUUUCUCCUGUCAAAGUGUUUAAUUGUCGUUGCCAUUAGAAAUUCGAUCUGUCGUUUUUUGCUCGUGGUUUUUUGAAAAACUGCUUCUGCCCCCAUCUUUAAGGCAGCUGCACUUCUCCACUGCCUCCUGCAAGCAGGUAGCCCUUUUCUUAUCAGUCUAAGGCUGUGCACACUGGGGAGUCUUUCCUGUGCAUACAUAUGUAUAGCAGGGUGCACCUUGACUGUGUGGUCCAUUCUUGUGUUUCAGGAUCCCUUCCCCAUCCCCGUUCUGGGCUCAGAAUCUGUUCCUAAGGCUGCCAACUUGGCCUUGAUUCUGUUCUGCCCCUGGGUGCAGCAGCCCUUGAUAGCAUGUCCUCACAGCUCUAGCAUGAGACUUCAAGCAACUAGCUCACUCCUGGAGAAUUAAAGGACAUUGCCAGAUCAUACCUCCUGUCCGUAGCCAUGUUCGCCUCAAGCAAGAGGAUGGCCAGUUCUCCGCGUUCUCAAAUCCUUCUCAUGUGGAAGCCAGACAAGGCCCAGAGUGGGUCCCGCCAUGUUGAGAAGCAAACCUUCACCUCAAGGCUCUUGCGUGACACUGAGACCUGCCGGCAGAAUUUUCGGAAUUUUCCGUACCCAGACCUGGCUGGACCUCGAAAGGCAUUGAGUCAACUCCGAGAGCUCUGCCUGAAGUGGCUGAGACCUGAGAUUCACUCCAAGGAACAAAUCCUGGAGCUGCUGGUGCUGGAGCAAUUCCUGACCAUCCUGCCCGGGGAGGUUAGGACAUGGGUGAAAUCCCAGUACCCAGAGAGCAGCGAGGAGGCGGUGACUCUGGUGGAGGACUUGACUCAGCUUCUGGAAGAGGAAGCUCCUCAGAACUCUGCCCUUUCCCAAGAAACCCCAGAAGAAGACCCCAACGGAAGACCUGCUUUCCAGGCAGGCUGGCUAAAUGACCUGGAGACCAAAGAAUCAAUGACAUUCACAGAUGUGGCUGUGGACAUUACCCAGGAGGACUGGGCGCUGAUGCGUCCUGUGCAGAAGGAACUGUACAAAACUGUGACCUUACAGAACUAUUGGAACAUGGUUUCUCUGGGACUCACCGUGUACAGGCCAACCGUGAUUCCCAUACUGGAAGAACCGUGGAUGGUGAUAAAAGAAAUUUUAGAAGGCCCUAGCCAAGAAUGGGAAACGGAAGCCAAACCAUGUAGUCCAAUACAGGAUAUUUCCAGACUCAAAAAGGAUAGAACCCAGACCAUCAAAGUGGAAAAAUCCUAUGACUAUGAUAUCACAAUAGAGACAGAUACCUUCAGGAAAAUUCCUAUGAGUGGAAGAGAUUUUCGCUUGAAGUCAAUCUUUUCACAAGAAGAUGAUCUUACAGAAGAGUAUCUUAAAUAUGAUAUAUAUAGAAAUGAUUUUGAAAAGCAUUCAAACCUAAAUAUACAGUUUGAUACCCAAUCAGAUAAUAAAACUGCUGUGUAUAAUGAAGGUAAGGCAACCUUCAAUCAUGUCCCGUAUGGUGUUGUACAUGGGAAAAUACUUCCUGGAGAUAAGCCUUAUAAAUGUAACGUGUGUGGGAAAAAAUUUAGAAAAUAUCCAUCCCUCCUGAAGCACCAAAGUAGCCAUGCCAAAGAGAAAUCUUACGAAUGUGAAGAGUGUGGGAAAGAGUUCAGACAUAUCUCGUCCCUCAUCGCACAUCAGAGAAUGCAUACUGGAGAGAAACCGUACGAGUGCCACCAGUGUGGGAAAGCCUUCAGCCAGCGUGCACACCUAACCAUACAUCAGAGGAUUCAUACCGGAGAGAAACCCUACAAAUGUGAUGACUGUGGGAAAGACUUCAGCCAGCGCGCACACCUUACUAUCCAUCAAAGGACACACACUGGAGAGAAACCAUAUAAAUGCUUGGAGUGUGGUAAAACCUUCAGCCAUAGUUCAUCCCUGAUUAAUCAUCAGAGAGUUCACACAGGAGAAAAACCUUACAUAUGCAAUGAAUGUGGGAAAACUUUCAGUCAGAGUACACACCUUCUUCAGCAUCAAAAAAUACAUACUGGGAAGAAACCAUAUAAAUGCAAUGAGUGUUGGAAGGUGUUUAGUCAGAGUACUUACCUUAUUCGACAUCAGCGAAUCCAUUCUGGAGAGAAGUGUUAUAAAUGUAAUGAAUGUGGAAAAGCCUUUGCUCAUUCCUCAACGCUUAUUCAACAUCAAACCACUCACACUGGAGAGAAGUCCUAUAUAUGUAACAUAUGUGGGAAGGCCUUCAGCCAAAGUGCAAACCUCACUCAGCAUCAUCGAACACAUACGGGAGAGAAACCAUACAAAUGCAGUGUGUGUGGGAAAGCAUUCAGCCAGAGUGUGCACCUUACUCAACACCAGAGGAUUCAUAAUGGAGAAAAACCCUUUAAAUGCAAUAUAUGUGGGAAGGCAUAUAGACAGGGCGCAAAUCUUACUCAGCAUCAAAGGAUUCAUACUGGAGAGAAACCGUACAAAUGUAAUGAAUGUGGGAAAGCGUUUAUUUACUCCUCGUCACUUAAUCAGCAUCAGAGAACUCAUACUGGAGAGAGACCUUACAAAUGUAAUGAAUGUGAUAAAGAUUUUAGCCAGAGAACAUGCCUUAUUCAACAUCAGAGAAUUCAUACAGGAGAAAAGCCCUAUGCAUGUCGUAUAUGUGGUAAAACCUUCACCCAGAGUACAAACCUUAUUCAGCAUCAGCGUGUUCAUACGGGUGCCAAACAUCGUAAUUAAUGAAUAUGAGACACUUCAUUUAGGUGUUACAGCUUGAUCAUUUUAUGUUGUAUUUUGUGCGCUGUGUGUUAAUAUAGUAUCAGAAAUCUAAAGUGCAAUAUAUGUUAGAUGCUACUCAGCAGAAAUAUCAGAAUUAGUGAUAUGAAUAGAACCUAUGUAAAUUUAAUACGAAAUUUAAGAAGGAAAGUUUAUUGGCUUCUAAACUGUUAUUAGUUCUGUUGAUUCCAGGAAGAACCCUGUGAAAGGGUGUUCAAAAACCUGUAACUCUCAACUCCUACUGUAUUUCAUGUUCUUCUUAAUGAGGCCUUAUGAAAGUGUAACUUGAGAAAGCAUCCAUUAAGUGGAGAUUUCCCCCUAGAGCGUGAUCCUGUGAUUAUAGAAAAGGCUACCUGUAGGCCUCUGUCUCUUCCCAGCUUUGAAGCCUUAAGAUAUGUAGAGGGUUCCCUCCCCUUUCCUAACUUCCCUUUCCUGUUGUGCAGGCACUGCCACGUGGAUCCAGUAGGUUUGGGGUAAAAGCCAGCUGAAAGGAAGUCACUUAAAGAUUUGUGACCACUGUUUAAUUACACUUCCCCACAGAUACUGAAAUAUUAAAGGAAGAUGAGUUUAAUGAAAGAUGAUCUGUUAGGAUAGAGAAACUAAUGUAUAUAUAACCCUUAGGUGUGUACAGAUUUAAACAGGCAAAAGGUAAACAUCCUAAACAUGAAUUAAUCUUUAAAACAUGGUAGCUAUAGUUUCACUAGAUUUGGACAUCUGAAGUCAUCCUGAAGGGAAAGAUCAGGCAUUUGGUUCCCAUUAUUGUCACUUAAUUUGUAAACUAAGGUCCCCUAUAACUUUUACUGCAGAAAGUCCAUUUCUUGAAUACUUCUGGUGCUCAGGUGCCAGACUCCCAAACUGGAUCCUUUCCUGGCUUGUCACAGCGCUAAAAAUCACAGCUGACUUAAUGAGAACUCUUACUAAAGGGCAGGAACCUCACUAUGUCAUGGAAUGAGCAUGAGACCUGCUAAGACGGGCUGCGGAAUGCUACUCCAUAUUCAGCACAAGGAGGUAAUAAAGCAGUAAUAUAAAUAAUGCGAUAAAUACGUAAAGGGGAAGAUCCGAGUUCACUGCAGGAAGUGUGUGGGGGGGAAUCAAGAUAAAAGCAGUGGGGUGAGGAAAGAAUACACAGGUAACUGAUGUGACAUGAAAUAUAAUUGGACUUGUUUACUAAGAAAAUGAGAGUGGCUAAGGAAAAAAAAUGUAAAAUUCAGCCCAAUGAUAAGAAAAAGCUAAAAAUCAAAUGAUUGAUUUUAAAGAGUAAUUAGAAGCUUGAAACUCCUUCAUACAUAUAAGUAGAAAUAACUCUUAACAUGUCAGGAAAAACGUUUCAUUGGAAAAAAAAUUUGGAUUCAGUAAUGAGAACUGAGUUUGUGGGUCCUGACCACCAUGAAAACUGGCAGGAAUGCGAAUAGGAGUAGAUGAGAACACUCGUGUAUUUAAUAUCCACAGUGUGCCACUGUCAGAGACCAUCUUCCAGGCUGAGAUUUCAUGCUCAUUUUUGUUUCUCCAGUGCCUUGCAUAUAGCACGUGGUCAAUACCUGUUGGUUGAAUUGAUGAAUAAGUUACAUAGAGUUGAGUUAUAAGAAUUGACUGGCAUGAAGUAAAAAAUGGUAGAACUAAAAGUAUUUCUUGGUGCUUUCUUUUUUUUUUUACAUUUUAUUUUGAGAAAUGGAGAGACAGAACUGCCAUAUGCUGGUUCAUCACUCAGAUGCCAGCAAUGGUCAGGACUGAGCUAAGCUGGGACUCAGCCCAUGUCUGCCCCAUGGAUGGUGGGGAUCCAAUCGUGUGAGUGUAACCGCCGCCUCCCAGGGUGCAUGUUAGCUGGAAGCUGGAGCCAGGAGCAACAGCCAGGAAUUGAACCCUGGUACUCCAGUGUGGGAUGUGCAUACAUUAGAGAGACGUUUACCAAAUGUAGAUGACUGGGUAAUCAGGACAGCUUGACAUGGAAAAUCAGAAGUCAUGGAACAUCUUUGCACAGGGCAGUUUUCCUGAGCGAAAUGGGAAAUUGAUAUAAAUUCUGGUACCAUACAUACCAAUUUAAUCAUGUAUUGCUAAUGCCGCUUCAUUUGGACAUUGUUACAUAAACAUCCCUCAAACAAGUGCUGAAGGAAACCCGAACUGCUAGCGUCUUCGAGGCCACAUGGUUAAGUGUUUUCUGUAAGAAAUUGUUGCUUUCCCUUUUCCUUCAGUUUAGCUAAGUUUGAUUACAUAAUGUCCUUCACAAAGCACAGGUUGCAAAAUACUCAAAUUUUUCUUACUACAUAGUGACUUUAACAGCUGUAUUGAAGCUAUGAUUUUUUUUCAUGCUGCUUCACCCCUUACACAGCACUUGCUCUUGAAAUGAAUCUGUGGUGCAGUGGGUAGAGCUGCCGUCUGCAGUGCUGGCAUCUCAUAUUGGCACCAGUUCGAGUCCUGGCUGCUGCACUUCAAAUCCAGCUCUCUGGUGUGGCCUGGAAAAGCAGUAGAAGAUGGCCCAAGUCCUUGGGCCCUUGUACCUGCAUGGGAGACCCUCCUGGCUCCUAGCUGUGGGCUGACCCAGGCCCAGUCAUUGUGGCCAUUUGGGGAGUGAACCAGCGGAUGGAAGACCUCUGCCUCUGUUUCUGUCUCUAACUCUGCCCUUCAAAAAAAAAAAAAAAACCAACAUAUAUAAAGAAUGAAUCUGGAGGGUUACAGUCCAUAGCACUUUUCUUUGCAUUUGCUUGUGUUUCCUGCUUUUGUGUUAUGUAAAUAAUGUGUUUGUAAAGUGUUCCACAAAUAUACAGGCAGUUGAUGCCCUUGUAAAAGAAUAGUGGGGAAUCCUAGAUCUUUAUGUCUUUUUUCCCACUUUUACAUUUAUCUGAUCCAUGAGUAAUUCAACAAAUACCCUUAUUUACCACAAGUUUUUAUUAUGAAAGUUGUCAUACAGAAACUUUUAAGAAUAAUAAAAUGAACUGUGCU